UCGGCUUGGGCGGCUGGGAGAAUCCGCGCCAUGCUCUCGAUCUUUUCCUUGCAUCCUGAGCUGCAGACACGCUCGCCCAGUUGACGGCCCCGUGCAAGAAAGCCCCCCGAGCGUUCGCCAGAAACCAAGAGUCCCAAGGUGCUGCGAUCCCGCCACGAUGAGGCAACCCACUAUUCUCGCGCUGAUGCUGGCUGUGGCCGUCUGCGGUCUGCUGGUUCAUGGUCAAAUCAGUGGACCGCUUCAGCUCAGCGGCACCGCCGACUGGGGCACCGCCGACUCGACCUACUGUGUCCAACGCGACGGAUGCGCAACAAUCCGCAACAUCAUCGCCAACACGAGCCCGGUGCCGCUGAUAUACAAGGGCAGUGUCAUGAUGAUUGCCGUUUUUUUGCAGUACGCGUAUCUCAACGGCACCACCACCAGCACGUACUUCCAGGUCUCGCAGUUUUAUGUGACCUUGGACAACUACAAUAUGCUGACGAUUCCGGGGACGCUGCCCUUCCUCUUGAACCUAUACAAUAACCUGGGAGCAACGGAUAUAUACAUGCUGGCCGAGCUGACGUGGGGAGCAAGCACGUAUCGCACGACUCCCAUGCGCAUAGUUGGUCGUGGCCAGGAUGGAAACGCGGGCUAUGUACCCUACCGAACUGCUGUGAUCACCGUCAACCAGGGCGUCUUGGUCGGCAGCGGCAUCACUUGGACCGACACCAACUGCAACGGAUCCAACUGCGCGUGCAUUGACAACAUAUGCGCAAACUCACAAGCCGUCGCCACACAGCUGAACCAGAACGUUACGCUCUUUGUGGGAUUCCUCGGAACGGACGGCACCGGCACGCUUCUAAAUAGUGCAGCCCGCGACAUCUGGAGGCUGCAGAAUGCAUUCUAAAGCACCCAGGAGACACAUGCAAAUACAACCGUGAGCUCAAGCGACGAGACCGACCUUGCGCCAAGGAGAGGGCCACUUGCUUUAUUGCCGUGGCCGGCUGGUUCAUGCGCUUCUGAGUGCUAUUCCUGGGCAGGCUAUUCCUGUCUCGCAGCCAGGCUAAUAAAACAAGCGUGCCUGAAUCGAAAAGAGGC